AUGAUUAUUAAAGAUUUUGUUGUGGAUAAAGAUACUGAUAUUCUUGCUUUGACGGAAACUUGGCUCCCUCCAAGUGGGAACGAUUUGAUUAUUGGGGAUCUAUGCCCAACAGGUUAUAGUUUUCUGCAUACACCGAGACAUGGAUCAAUCGGUGGGGGCGUUGGUCUCUUAUUCAAGGAAAGUCUUAAUAUUAAGCGUAAUGUACAGGAG